AGGCAACAGCCUGGCCCCUAACAGUCGCUCCUAGACUUGGGAAGAUGUUGCUGGCGGACUCUCCGCCGAGCUUAUUGAUCUUCUUUUAGCUCCGCCGGCAUUUUCGUCCACCCGCAGAUACCCCUCGCCGCGGCCGCGGCCGCCCGCGGGGCAGCCGCAAUAAAAUACCAUCCGCCCAACGAGUUAGAAAACUGGAGGAAUCGGUCAUGAAGGCCGAGGCGGCGGCCUCACAAGCACGUGAAGACCUUCUGGCUAUGAAGGACAGAGAGGCACGCCGCAUCCGCAAGGAGCACACCCGCCUCAUCCUCCGCAAGGAGAAGCUGGCUCGCGCGGGAGCCCUGCUGAGUGACAUCGGAGAUGCCGUACCGCAUUCUGUUAUCUCCCUUGACGACCGUCCCGGCAUUAUGAGCCGAGAGGGACACGAAGCGUCGAUGGACAACGUCGCCCAAGUCUCGAGCAACAACCUGUUCCUGGAAGCGCGGAGGACCCUCAAGGCCGUCGACGAUUUAUCAGACGUCGACAAGCUCAGAUGGCGUCACGAGGUCUUCCAUCACACUCCCAAAAACGCCUGGAUCAUGAAUGGGAUUGCCAGCAGAUUGGAAGAGUUUGCUCAGAAAGACAAGACCCGCAGUUCAAGGCCACAUAUGGUGAACUUUUUGUCCAUAAGUCAUGCCCGGAGAACACUCUUACUCAAAUCCACAAUACAAUUGGGCGAGCUCGAACAAUUUGCUCGGCGCCCUUACGGCUUUGUUUUGCUGUAUGAGCAGACGCUGGUUGACAAGGAGAUUUCUGGAGAAUUGCUACGAGCAUUUCAAGAACCAAGCGAAAUUCCUGCACCCAAGGCUGCCACAACCAAACCCGAGUCGGAGGUCACUGCUCCCAAGUCUGCCACAAAGCGCAAGCUCGACGAACUUACCGUCGAACCCGCGGCCACAAAGCCUAUCAAGGCGAAGAACAUCAUCGGGCCUCUGAAAGGAGUCGUCGCCAACAACUGGGCCUACGACACGUUGCUUUGGCUUUUCAAGGAUCAAAAGUGGCCAAACACAAAAGAGUUGGCGUUGAGAUUGAGAUCGAGACCUAUGGGGCAAUUGUUCGACGCCUACUUCGGCGCGACCUACGAUCCCAGCAGUAUGAUGUGGAUGCUUGGCAAAGAAGCUGUCAUCAAGAUCGGCGAAGUAGGACACUGCCCAAGUGCUCUCAAAGGGUGUGACGAGGACAGCGGCUUGGGCAAACGCCCCUUUUUCUCGUACCUCUAUUCCCACACCACCGACCAUCGAGGACUCUUGCAACUCACCAACUUCAAUGCCACCCUGCUAGCGGGUGGGGUUCAGCGUUGGGAGAAUACGGUGUCUCAGCAAGAGACGGGCGCGUCCGACUUGAGCAUCUCUGACCUCCUGGUGGAGUUUGUCCAUAAUUCCAUCUCUCUUUUCGGGAAGCAAAUCUUCUUGGCUGUAGAUGGUGGUCUCUUGUCCCUACAGCCCGGCGGCAUGGUCGGCGAUAACCGCGCUCAAUGUGGAGCACCGAGGCAUCCAGUGAAUUUGUACCUUGCAGCCCUUGUCUGCAAGGUCGAUCAGCAUGCCCUUGAAGCCAUCUGCGAUUUCGGGGUCCGUGAUGAUGAUGUUGUUUGGAGAGAUUGGUGCGCCUUGAUCGCAUCUCGCAUCGAUUGUCGGGAUUCCGUUGGGCUUGGGCGGGUUAAGUUCGGAAAGAGGCAACUUGCUAUGCAGAUGUCGGUCGUUGGCGCCUACCCGCGGCGCCUACCACCGACCACUGCCCCGCCGACACUCGUCAUUCCGGAACCGGCCAACACCAUUCCCACCCUCAAACGCCUUGACAGUCUUGGCACGCUAGUUGGGUUGAGCUGGCCACAACACCGACUUGAAUAUAGAUUUGAUAGAUUGACUAGAUUUAACCGUUUUAAUCAACGCAAAUUAACCACAUCGCAUUUAAAGGUUCCUAACUUAAUAGCGUAUUCGAAAUACUAG